AACAACAGUCAGCAGCUGAUGAGUUGAUAAGAGAAGAUUUAGAAGUGAUUUAAGAGAAAAUGGUCUCAUAAAAACGUUGACUGGAGUGGUUGUGAAGUCUGACAUUGCACGGCGCGGGUUUGUUUCGUGUAGUUUGUGGAGUGUGUUGAGUUUUCCGAAGUAGAAAAUGAGUGUGAAUGGAAAUAUAAACACUGAUUUAUACAGUGAGAGUAUCGCCGGCGACACGGGAGGCAACGACACUACUCCUUUAUUAUCAAAUGGAUCAGUGCAGACCAGGGCCAGAGGAGCUUCCUUCGCCUCCUCUGUGUUUAACCUGAUGAAUGCCAUCAUGGGCAGCGGUAUCCUGGGUCUAGCUUAUGCUAUGGCAAGCACUGGCAUUGUUGGAUUCUGUAUCCUGUUGCUACUAGUAUCAAGCCUGGCAGCCUACUCUAUACACCUCCUUCUGAAGCUAUGUGACCAAACAGGCAUCAAUUCAUAUGAAGACCUUGGAGGGAGAGCCUUGAAAAAUCCAGGAAAAUUUCUAGUUGGAGUUGCUAUUCUUGUCCAAAAUAUUGGUGCCAUGGCAUCCUAUUUGUUCAUCCUGAAGUCAGAGCUUCCUGCAGCCAUAAGCAGCUUGCUGAGCCCAGACUACACAGGAAAUGCCUGGUACAAUGAUGGCAAGUUGCUUCUGAUCCUGGUCACGCUCUGUGUUGUUCUACCUUUGGCAAUAUUGCCAAAAAUUGGCUUCCUGGGAUACACCAGUAGCCUUGCUUUCUUCUUCAUGCUGUACUUUGCUGUUGUGGUUGUGGUCAAGAAAUGGUCCAUCCCCUGCCCACUGCCUCACAAUGUAACUACACUUCCAGGAACCUUCCAGAUAUCAAAUUCCUCUGACUCAGAGUGCACGCCCAAACUCUUUGUCAUCUCCAGCAAGAGUGCUUACGCCAUCCCCACCAUGGCCUUCUCCUUUCUGUGCCACACAGCUAUCCUGCCAAUCUACUGUGAACUGGAACGGCCUACUAAGGCCAGGAUGCAGAAUGUUACAAAUACCAGUAUUAGCCUCAGCUUCCUGCUUUACCUCAUUUCUGCACUGUUUGGCUACCUCACCUUCUAUGCUCACGUGGACUCUGAGCUGUUGCUUGGCUACGAUGCAUACAUGCCACGGGACAUCAUGGUGAUAACAGUUCGACUGGCCAUCCUCCUUUCUGUGUUGCUAACUGUACCACUCAUUCACUUCCCUGCCCGUAAGGCUUUGAUCCUGUUGCUAUGUGGAGGGCGCCCCUUCUCCUGGCUGAUCCACAUUAUUGUAACACUAACCAUCCUGGGUGUGGUGCUGGUGCUGGCCAUCUUUGUCCCUGAUAUCAGAAAUGUCUUUGGAGUAGUGGGAUCUACAACAUCCAGCUGUCUGUUGUUUGUUUUCCCCGGCAUCUUCUACCUUAAGAUCAGCAGGCAACCCCUCAGGUCCUUUGACUCCAUUGGGGCUGUACUCCUGGUGAUUUUGGGCUUUACUAUGGGAGUCAUCAGCUUCUCUGUCAUCGUCAUUACAUGGGUACAGAGCUCCUAACCCCCACUCGCUUUUAUAAGUCAAGCACAAGAGCAAAGAAGGGGGAAAGCGUGCCAAAGAAACUGAAUACUGGCUAAAUAAAGGGAACAGACAGAUGCUUAUCAGCAUCACCUCAGGCAGAUUAUUUAUGGUAAAAUUGUUCUCAACACUAUACUAGUGUUUUUUUCCCCAGUACAUUCUAAAACAAACCCUUUACAUAGGAGCCAAAACAAAACAGGGACUUUUCAUGUUCUCCUUACUAAUUUUUACAGGUGUUUUCUAAAUGCUGACUUUUAGACUAUUCCCAAUUCAGGGCGAUGUUUGUAUUUUUAAUGUGGGUGAAACAAAAGGUAAGUGAGGGUUUCUGUAUCAGAAGAAUACAGGAAAGUGUCAAGCAAGUUUAUUUCAUGUACUGUUUUUUUAUGGUCUAACAGCCAUUGUGUUGUUCUGUGUGGAUGGUCAUGCACCUUAUGUUUACAAUCUGCCACAUAUAUUUAAAAAAGGCUAUUGACCAAGUCUGAACCAUAAAUGUUCAUUCCAUGAUUAAUGGUCCAGUGUUUUUAUUUUAUUCACUUUACUGUUUUUGGAAUUUUCUUUUAUGCUUUUUGUUUUUAUAUUUUAAUCCAAGUAUUGAUUUGCCACUCCACUAAUAGUCCAAACCUCAGGUUUAAAUGAUUCUGCUGCUGCUCUGUGUGCUUUAAUGAAUGUGCUUUUGUUUGGACUAGUUAAUUACAAUGUACUCCAUGUGGUUAUAAUGUAAAAUAAUAUAAUGUUAUUCUUCAAAUUAUUGGCAUUUAAUUAAAGGGAAAUUGUUUAUGCA